GAAAAAAUAAUAAAAAAGAAGAGAGAUACCAAAUAAUCAAGGGCGAAAAUGUCUAUGAAUUCAUCAAUUGAUUGGAAUUGGGAUGGAAAAAACUUGAAACAAGGAAAUGCACGGCUAGAAUACCAAGAAUUUGAACCAUCCUUUGAUUGGAUUUGGGAUGACGAAAAAGGAAUAAGUGACACGCUUGCUGUUUUUCUUCCAGGAUUCAAAGAGGAGCAAUCGAGGGUGGAAAUAACCUCAAAUGGUCUGCUAAGAUUGAGUGGUGAAAGAAAGAUCGGUGAAGCCAUUAAAAUUCGUAGAUUUGAGAAAGAGCUUGCAAUUCCUUCAGAUACUGACACCAAAUCCAUCAACACCAAGUUUGAAAAUGACAUCCUUUAUGUCAAGCUUCCCAGAGUCAUCACUACUUCCGUCAAACCGCCGCCAACACCGGUCCCUCAGCAACAAAUGAUACACUUUGAAUAUAAAGUUCCUGAUUAUGAGUAUGUGACGAAGGAAAGAGUAAUGGACAAGGAGCCACUGGAAAUUAAGACAAUAUUCUUGCGUGUAAAACAACAACCACAACCACAACCACAGUCGAAGCCUGAGGCGCCGGCAACUGCGCCAAACCCUACAACUGCACCUCCAGCAGUAGCAGGGCCUCAACAACAACCACAACCACAGUUACAAUCGAAGCCUGAGGCACCAAUUGAUCCUUAUCAAGAUCAAGAAAAACAAAGAGUAAUGGAUGAGGCGCCUGCGCCUGCAUCGGCACCAAUACAGACACAAGCGCCUCCUCUACCAUCAUUGAAAAAGGAGAAAGAGAAGGAGGAGGAGAAAGGACAAAAAGAAGAAGAAAAAACUAAUAAUAAUAAUAAUGCAAGAAAAGUUGACAACAAUGAGAGAAGGCAAGAAGCAACAAUGCCGUCUAGGGUUAUGGAAAUGAAGGGAGUAACUGGAGAAGUUAUUGAUGAAAGGCUAAGUACGGUUUCAGAGAAAUCACAGGAGCAUGGAAAUGGUGUUUAUCGUUGGGUUGAAGAUUUGAAGAAGCAUAAGACAAGGACGAAUUUGGGUUUAAUCUUUCUAGUGCUGUUACUUGUGCUCUACGUUAACAAUGUUAUCAACUCAUAUUUUGGUGGAGAAAGGCCAUAA